AACGUCCUACUCCGCAUAAAAAAGGUCUGUCCACUCUUGUUUAACGGGUUCCAACUUGGUUUGUCUUAUUGAUGCUGAUUAUUUGUUGAUGAAUUAAAUAAUGUUGUGAUGGAAUAGAUGAUUAUUUAAGUAUUUGCUUUAAUAGCAAGAUGCUGUUUCUUGCUUUCCCAUCAAAACAAUUUUAACUGUGCUUUCUGUUAACCAUUUUUUGUCCAUUUCCCUUGUCCUUUCCUUUCCUUUGUCUUUAAUUGUAAUUUAAGUCAUUUUUACAAAUGAAUUUGAAGGUUCAAUUUUAAUUUCUGGUCUUCUUUAAUAGACAGUAAUUUCCAGUAUUCAGUAUUUCCUAUAUUUUGUAUUGUUUCAGUUCUUCUCGCCACUACGUUUUCUGGUAACCAAUCACCAAGUCUGGUAACAAUCCUUUACUUGUUGCUCAUCUGUUCAAUAACUUGGUGGUUUUUGACUCGGUUGCAAGUUUUCCUGUUUCACUAUCAACUAUUAACAAUCUAUUUAUAAUAUCAAAAUGCCUUCCAUAUUCAGUAAAUUAAUCCCUUUUCCCGAUAUUUCAUUACCUUUCAACUGUUACGAGGUUGGACAUACAUGGACUCCAUUUUGCUCUCAAGCUGCUUUGGACAUUGGUGGCUCUGUGUUUUACGAGGGACUCAAGAUGUACACCGGUGUUUAUUUGUUUGGUCAAAUGAUGGCUCGACGCUUUGAUUAUAAAUCAUUUAGAGAAACAGUGAAAUCUAUUCUACGUUCAUCAACUUUUCUCGGAUUCAAUGCAUUUGCGGUUCUUGUUUUAUUUUGUUUCUCCUUUAGAUCAGUUGGUAAACUUUACCUUUCCUUGAUUGGACACCUUCCCUCCAUCAUUGGUAGUUACAUGGCAAUUCACCUAGAAAAACCUUCUCGCCGUGGACCAUUAGCUUUCUAUGUGGCCAAUAUAGCUGCAGAAACAUUGUUUCAAAUUGCUGUUGCUAAUGGUCUCAUCAAACCUGUUAAAAAUGGUGAAGUGGUGCUUUUUGCUUUGACCACUGGUGUUUUAGUGUACUUUAUUAAAAAAAAUGGUAUUGGAAACGACAUGAUCUCAAGUAUACUCAAACUAAUUAUUGGAAAAGGUGAAUUAACGCGCAAAAAGCUUGAAAUGGCUGUUGAUAAAGCUGAAAUUAAGCUUUCAAAACCGUUGACAACAUCUCAUCCACUUAAAUCUAGUUAUUUACGUUCACUGUUUGUGAAAAGUGUCAACAGUUUAUCAUUCAUUUACGAUCAUCAUCAAACAUGUCCACACUCUUCUUCAUGUCUAACCUAUGCUACGACAACCUUCCUACAAAGAUUUAUCAUCAGCUGGACUGGUAUUUCCAUUAUUCCAAUCAUUCUUCGGUCACCCUCUAAUAUUACUUCAUUAUCUGCCUUGACCAAAGGACUAAGCUCCCGGAGUAACAUAAAAUUUGGCAUGUUUUUGGGUCUAUUUGCAUCCACUUUUAAAGUGUUUAGUUGCCUUCUUCGUAGAUAUGACAAUUCACCUAAAAAUUGGCACGGAAUCGUUGCUGGUCUCGCUGCUGGAUCAUCAAUGGCCUUAUAUCCAAGUAAAACAAUUGCUCAAUAUAUGUUCUGGAAAAUGGUAGAGACACUUUUCUGGGAAGGUGUUCGAGCUGGUAAAGUGAAAUACUCGGAAACCAUAAUCUGUUUAACUUAUGCCAUAGCCUGCUCUCAACUCUUCUAUGUAGCUGUCAUUUGUCCAACUUAUAUGAGACCAAGUUAUAUGCGGUUUCUUGAUCGCUUUACCCAUCAAUGUUUACGUCUUCUUAAUCGCAAUGUUAUUGAUUUGUUUGGAACCAAAUCAUCUGCUGGUUUUAAACCUUUCAUACCCAAUCUUGAUCUCAAAUUCACAAGCCGUCAGUUCCAGGAGGCAGUUCUUGUCUGGACAAUUCAAUGAAAACAAUCAAUCAUUCAACUAUCACCUAUCAACAUGACGACUUUUCCAUCUAAAGAAAUCGAAAAUUUUUCACCCAAAUGUUCAACAAGUUUCAUUCUUAUAAUGCAAACUCAAAGCACACUACUUAAGAUCUAUAAGUAAUCUUAAAGAAAUGAAACGAUUGAAACUUUGGUUUCUUUCUCGAAAAACUAGUCGUUAUUUCUGAUUGUUGAUGAAUUUCCCCUUCUUUAGGGAAAUUUAAUUUGGUCAAUACAAGUGGUACAAGAGUUGGUGAAAAAGUCGACAUGGAACAAUCUUCAUUUUUACCUGUGAGCAAGAACAAUUAAAAUGAUUGACACCUGCUGAUUUUAGCUAGAAAUAAGAAUCUUGUUCUGAGAACUUUCAACAACUUUGCCACCAUAUUACGAUAGAUUGAAACAAGGUAUUAAAGUUGAUUGGCGAGAUUUUCACCAACUCUUUAUUGUUCACCAAUGACACAGGGAUUUAUCGCCAUAUAAUUGUUACCUAAAUAAUUGCGAGCAAUCGAUAAAUAGAGAAAGAUUGUUGGUUUAGCAUCAAUGGAUUGAAGUAAUUAUUAUCGGUUAAUAUUUUGAACUGUUUUGAGUUAAUAAUAACAAUCACUUUGACUAAAUAUUGUAACCAAGUCGUGAAAAUGUUUUUGUUUUACAUGUUUUUUGUGUUUCAAAUGUUCCCAAUUUUAUGAACUAAAAUGCAAUAAUCUUUAUAAAAUUA